AUGUCUCAAGAUUCCUCUGAUGAAGAAUUCGAAAAAUUUGAACCUACUUUGCAAAAUGUACUAGACCAAAAGUCUUUACAUUGGAUUUUUGUCGGUGGGAAAGGAGGCGUUGGUAAAACGACAACAUCAUGUUCCCUCGCGGUACAGCUUAGCAAAGUGAGAGAGUCUGUUUUACUAAUAUCAACUGACCCUGCACAUAAUUUGAGUGAUGCUUUUGGCCAAAAAUUCAGUAAAGAAGCUACUCUGGUAGAUGGGUUUACAAAUUUGUAUGCGAUGGAAAUUGACCCAACAUCAUCGAUUCAAGAGAUGUUAGAUCAAUCUGAACAACAAGGUGGAGGAGCUAUGGGAGCUAUGAUGCAGGACCUUGCAUUUGCCAUUCCUGGUGUUGAUGAAGCAAUGGGGUUCGCUGAAGUUAUGAAGCAAGUAAAAACUAUGGAAUAUUCAGUAAUCAUCUUUGAUACUGCCCCCACUGGUCAUACAUUGCGGUUUUUGAGUUUUCCUAGUGUGUUGGAAAAGGCAUUAGCAAAAAUUGCGCAAUUGAGUGGACGAUUCGGACCAGUUUUUCAGCAAAUGUCUGGUAUGAUGGGUCUUAAUGCUAAUCAAGAAGAUAUGUUUGGAAAACUUGAAGGAAUGCGCGCCAUUAUUACAGAAGUGAAUAAUCAAUUUAAAGAUCCGGAUAAGACCACAUUCAUUUGCGUGUGUAUUUCCGAGUUCUUGUCUCUCUAUGAGACGGAACGAAUGAUUCAAGAAUUAACCACUUAUCAUAUCGACACACACAAUAUCGUUGUAAAUCAAUUAUUGUUUCCACGGAAAGAUUCUAAUUGUGAACAAUGCCUGGUUCGGCACAAAAUGCAACAAAAAUAUCUAGACCAAAUUUACAACCUUUAUGAAGAUUUUCAUAUUGUUUUAAUGCCACUUUUAACAAAAGAAAUACGUGGUACACAAGAUAUCAAAGAGUUUUCUGAAAUGCUAGUCAAACCAUUUGCACCUCCAGAUUAUUCAAUGAUGGAUGACAGUCAGUGA